AUGGCAUCAUCUACAACUGUUCAAAAUUCACGAGAUAAACAAAAUGAUCUAUUAAAAAUGUUGGACAAGUUAAUUGAAACUGUUAUUGAUGAUAAUGAACGUGUACAAUAUUAUUCAAGACGUGCAAAAAUUUUAUUUGAUAUGAACAAAUGGAAUGGUAAAUUACGGUUAAGGUUAUUAUUGCUUAUAACUAUGUCUUUUUAG